UGGCUUGGUAUCCACAGGGCUGCACCACGAGACAACCCCGGGAGGGGGAGGUUCCUGGGGUGGACUACAACUUCAUCAGCGUGGCGGACUUUCGCGUCCUGGAGGACAGCGGCCUUCUGCUGGAGAGUGGAACCUAUGACGGUAACUACUACGGAACCCCCAAGCCACCCUCGGAGCCCAGCCCCGUGCAACCUGACCUCGUGGAUCAGGUUCUGUUCGACGAGGAGUUCGACAAUGAGCUGCAGCGAAAGCGGACCCCGUCUGUCAGCAAGAUGGAGAGGAAGGACAGCGCCGCCCCUGAGGAGGAGGAAGAUGAGGAGAGGACCCCACCUAUCAAUGGGCUGACAGAACAUCAGGAUGAAGGCUCACAGUGGAGGAAGAGUGUGCCCAGCUACAGCCAGUCCAACAAUACCAUGGACUUCCGCACGUGGGGCUCUCUGCCCCGGGACGAAGGCCAGGAGCCGCUUCCCAAGAACUGGGAGAUGGCCUACACGGAAACCGGCAUGGUCUACUUCAUCGAUCACAACACCAAGACCACCACCUGGCUGGACCCCCGACUUGCUAAGAAGGCCAAACCCCCCGAGAAGUGCGAGGAUGGAGAGCUGCCUUAUGGCUGGGAGAAGAUCGAGGACCCCCAGUACGGAACCUAUUAUGUGGACCAUAUCAACCAGAAGACCCAGUUUGAAAACCCAGUACUGGAAGCCAAGAAGAAGCUGAACCAGGAGGCAUCCACUGUCAGCCAGCAGGGGGGCGCUCUUCCCACAGAAGGCGGUGUUCGGGGCUUCACGCGGGACCCCUCCCAGCUGCAGGGGGCGAUCAUCCACACCGCCCUCAGGAAGAGCUCCCAGGGAUUCGGUUUCACCAUCAUCGGGGGAGACCGGCCCGACGAGUUCCUGCAGGUGAAGAACGUGCUGCGGGACGGCCCGGCAGCCCAUGACAACAAGAUUGCAUCUGGAGACGUGAUCGUGGACAUUAAUGGGACGUGCGUCCUGGGUAAGACCCACGCCGAGGUGGUGCAGAUGUUCCAGUCCGUCCCGGUGAACCAGUAUGUGGACAUGGUUCUGUGCCGGGGAUACCCACUGCCCGAGGACACCAACGGCAGCGACGAGGCGGGCAGCGAGGUGGCGGGCAUGUCCCACGUGAAUGGCUCCCAGGAUGUGCCCUACGUGACGACGGGCCCGGGGGGCCUGGGGGGUGGUGGCCGACAGCCAGAGGUGACCGACGCGACUCUGCUGCAGCCGGAGCUGGUGAGCGUUCCCCUGGUGAAGGGCCCAGGCGGAUUUGGCUUCGCCAUCGCCGACUGCCCACUGGGUCAGAAGGUAAAGAUGAUCCUGGACGCGCAGUGGUGCCGCGGCCUGCUGAAGGGCGACGUCAUCAAGGAGAUCAACCGGCAGAACGUGCAGACGCUGAGCCACGCACAGGUGGUGGACAUCCUGAAGGACCUGCCGGUGGGCAGCGAGGUCAAUGUGCUGGUGCUGCGAGGAGGUCAAACGUCUCCUGUGAAGUCUCUCAAACCUGGGACUGUCCCCGCUGCACCAAAAACAGAUGUGACCACCAGCACAGAGACGCUGGCACCUACAGAGGCCCCUCCCCAACCCUUGCCCUUCCCCCCUAACAUCCUCCGCUCCAACUCACCCAAGCUGGACCCCUCUGAGGUCUACCUGAAGUCCAAGGCCAUACUGGAGAGCAAACCUCCCAACACGAGGGACCUGGACGUUUUCAUCAAGAGGAAUCAAGAAUCGGGCUUCGGGUUUCGAGUUCUGGGUGGGGAAGGUCCUGACCAACCUGUGUACAUCGGUGCCAUCGUGCCCCUGGGCGCUGCUGAGAAGGACGGCCGCCUGAGGGCAGGCGACGAGCUACUGUGCAUUGAUGGUGUGCCAGUGAAGGGCAAGUCCCACAAGCAGGUGCUGGAGCUUAUGACCAAUGCCGCACGCAAUGGACAAGUCAUGUUGACUGUCCGCCGAAAGGUGGUCUACACAGACGGCCCAGGAGGGAAGGAGGGCAGUAGCCAGCAGCAGCCGAUCCCCAUGCUGGUGGAGGGGUCUCCCAAGCAGACCCGCGUCGAAAUGCCCAGCCCCGGGUCGCAUGAGUCCUACGACAUCACACUGCAGCGGAAGGACAACGAAGGCUUCGGCUUUGUCAUCCUUACCUCCAAGAACAAGCCACCUCCAGGAGUGAUACCUCACAAGAUCGGCCGAAUCAUCCAGGGGAGCCCUACCGACCGCUGCGGCCAGCUUAAGGUGGGCGACCGGAUCUCUGCAGUCAACGGUCAGUCCAUCGUGGAGCUGGCACAUAAUGACAUUGUGCAGCUCAUCAAGGAUGCUGGCAAUACCGUCACACUCACUGUGGUGCCAGAAGAUGAACACAGUGGACCCCCUUCGGGAACCAGCUCAGCCAAGCAGAGCCCAGCGCUGCAGCAUCGAGCCACAGGGCAGCUGCCCACCGGUCUGGACGACAGGUUUGGCAUGGACGCCGACGAGAAAAAGGAGGGAGCUGCCCGCGCCGAGUACAAGACGCUUCCUCUCGGCGAGCAGGGCACCAUGACAACCGCAUCCCUCAAGCAGGGAUGCUGUCAGGUAGAGCUGGAGAGGGGAAUGCGUGGAUUUGGCUUCAGUCUGCGUGGAGGGAAGGAGUACAACAUGGGGCUGUUCAUCCUACGGCUGGCGGAGGAUGGCCCGGCGCUGAAGGACGGCAGGAUUCAUGUGGGGGACCAGAUAGUGGAGAUCAAUGGGGAGCCUACGCAGGGCAUCACCCACACGCGGGCCAUCGAACUCAUCCAGGCCGGGGGGAACAAAGUACAGCUGCUCCUGAGGCCAGGCCUGGGCCUCAUUCCAGACCACAGUACAAGGGAUAAAAUGAAUGUUGCAUCCAGCGGUUUUCUGAGGAGAUCAGCCUCAGAUGAACUCCCAUUUUCCACUUCCCCAUUCUCAAACUCCUUCUCCGCUCCUGAAGGCUCUUUCAGUGUCCCCACGUCCAUCACAUCCAAAGAAGGGGAGAGCCCCGGAUUGGACACCGCCGCCUCCCGUUUUGGGGGCCCCGAACCGCGGCCCACCUGGGCUCACGGCUUUGACAGCAGCAGACACAUCACUGACCCUUUCAGAGAUCAGGCUGGCGUGGCACAAGGACAGCAGCCCCAGAAGACCAAGCCAACCACCAGUCCUGAGAUCCAAGAGCUAAAAUCCUUCCACAGGAAGAUGGAUUCCAACGGCUCCUCAAAAGACAGACCCGUGAAGAAAAGUGACGGAGUGCAGCCGGAACGAACCCACAGCACACGGAAAUCUGAGAGGACUCCAUAUGCCCUCACUGAAAGCAAGGUCAACCCCUCCGUGUCCCUCAGCCGAAGGGACACCGAGCCCAACCUGGAAGGAAGAACACGCACGCAGAGAGAGCCCCGCCCCUCCAGCCCCAAGAAAUUGGCUAGGAAGGAGCAAGAGGGUGUUGCCAAGCAACCGUCAAAAACCCAUGAUGAGCAGCCGAGGAGGGCAGGGGGGCAACAGCCCAGUAAUGCUGUCGGGGAGAGCAGAGAGAAGAAAGUCAAGGAGGACGAGUCUACACGCAGACAGGAGAGGGAUUCAAACUGGGGAGAAGGGGCCGGACCCACAGUCGAGCCGCGUAGAAAGGAAAAGGAGGCAGAGCAAAGAGAAAAGGUAGGGGUGGGAGAAGAGAGCGCACCGAGUCGUAGAGGGCACAGGGAGAAGGACAGAGAGAGAGACAGGGAUCGAGAGGGCAGGGAGGCCAGGAGGAAGGGGCCAGUGGAGCAGAAGGAAUCCACCAUUCUGGCACUGGAGCCUCAAUACAAUGAAUCUGCCAGUGGCAAGAAAGGAUCCAUUACCCCUGGCCCAUGGAAAGUACCCAGCUCAGGAAAGGUUCCAUCCCACUCUGAAAUGUGAUUGGCUGCAUGGCAUUAUGGGAUAUGUGUUCACUGCAUCAUGCAGCUGGAGGGAAAGAUGAAGCAUGUGGCAUGAUGCAGUGCCCCCCCCCAGGCUUGUCCACCCACCUUUGUCUGUUCCUUAAUGUUUGCAAUCCCUUUGAUGGAGGAAGGGGGGGUACCUCACUGUCGUUUCUCAUAUGCAGCACUGGAAGGUGUUUUCUUGCACUCGCCAGCAUGAAGGGUAUCAAUCUCCCUCUGUUAUUCCUGUCUGAAGACUUGCAGAUAGGCAUUCACAUGGCAGAUCUUUACACACAUCUUGGUUACGUUACUUGUAUUUACAGAGACUUGUCUCCUAGAACAUUUGUUCUACACACAAAGGAAGUCCCAUUUUUUUGUUUUUUCUUUUGUAUUUGCUCUUAUCUAAAGAUCUUUUUGGGAUGCUGACAGAACAUGUACACAUUGUGUGUAGAGUCCAGAUUAUGUAAUCAUAAGCUUUGCAGUGGAUUUAGGAUUAUUUUUGAAUCAUAGCUUGAUAUGCAUCUAUUUUUAAAGAGACCAGACACUUGUGCUUAAGUAUAUUGUUUACUACUUGUAUGUUUAUAAUAAAGCAUAUAACUUAUUGAAAUAAAUAUUGAAAAGAAUAUAGAAACCUAUGUAUCCAUACUGAGCCAUUCCAUAUUUAACGUAGUGUCCAGCAGUUUAUUCCAAAUUCAUAAAACGUCCUCCCUACUUUUAAUGUUACAUAUUGUUAGCAUAUAUCUUAACUAUAUAUUACAAGCAGAUGAGUAUGUGGUUUUAGAAAAACGACUGUAGCUUGACCUGUAUUUUAUUGUGUGUGUAUCAUUUAGCCACGUUUCCUGAUGUACCUGUGGAGGGAAAUUAUGCCCAGCUUCUCUUCGCAUGAUAAACACUUGGCUAUAUGGUGCCCGAGUCACUCUUUCCAGCAAUUGGUUUGAAAUCAAUUUCAGUUAAGGCAAGAAAGCGAAAGGAUGUACUUUCUUGGCUUUGUGUUUAAUUUACAAGCAUCAGAACGCCAAUGCCGAUUUUCUUGGCAACAGUUAAUAUAGCGGUCACGUCUCCUUACACUACUAUGGACCUUAUUUGUCAAUAUUUAUAAAAUCCAAUUACGCCGAAAACUGCUCACUGAACUUUUCUACGAGCAAGCAAACUGACGGAGUCCCCAACAUCAACAGAAGUGUUGGACGUCGAUUGCAUCAUCAUUUUAGCUUGAGCGGGAAACUAGGUUGUUUUUUUUUUUUUUUUACACGGACUGUUGCGGUUGAUGUUUGCUGAAUACAGAAAGGGCAGCUGUACACAGCCACACGGCAGUCUCCUGUUAGUCUCGACUUUGGAGAAGCAUCAUUUUUCUAUUCUCCUAGACGUAGAGAAAUGUGACACUGCAAUAUGAAUUUUUGAAUACAUACAGUCAGCAGUAUGUAAUGAGAUGCAUAGCAAUAUGGCUCUGAAUCAAACAUGCAUAGCAAAGCUUUAAAUAUAUGUAGGCAUCGAUUCACCAGUACAUCCUACUGUAGCUCUCACUGGGAAAAGUGGUGGGAAACUGAUGAGGAUGAUGAAGUGCAUUCGAAAGAUUUCUAAACAAUACUUUGGAUUCCUCAGAUGACAUCACACGGGUCACGUGAUCUUUCAAAGGAAAUAUUCUGCAAACCACUACUAUAGUGCUGGGGUCGUCAACCCUGCCAGUCUGCUGGUGGAGCACCAUCAGUACCACCUGAGAUGUCCUGGGACAAACUGAGAUGUUCAGCAAAUCUGUCUUCAUUCCACUCAUUGCCUAAGAGGUGUGACGUGUGACAUUUCUAUCUUGCUACAAGCUCUAGAGAAUGUUGUCGAAUUGUACGUAGGGCUAAACCUUAGUUUUUAUAUAUAUAUAUAUAUAUAUAUAUAUCACACACACACACACACACAUGGGGGGUCCACCAGUAAACAGCAGUAAAAGGUAAAAUGGAGUAAACAGAAUUUGCUUGUCACUACCAUGAAUAUGUAGUUCUGUGCAUUGUUUUGACACUGCAGAUAGUAAUUGGUUAGGGGGAGAGUUCACUUUUGGUAAAUUCCAAGAUAUGCUAUCUUUUAUGCACUGAUGUCUGAAGCUUUAUCCCGUAUCAGUGUCUGUAUAUAAAAAUGUGGCCUUGCAUUGCUAUAACUGAAAAGCCUUUUGGUCUCUACAUGAUGUGGUAGUUGUAAAUGUUUAUAAAUUGUACAGCACCUUUAUAAAUACUUGCAGAGUCCUCAUUCAGAUAAAAAUCUGUAAAUCGCUCCAUUAUUUUUUUAAGUAAUCUGGGGGAAAAUAUUUAAAGUGAAACAAUCGAAAUUAUGUGGGUCAUGGCCUUCUGAUCAUGCACUGUAAAAUAAAAUUUUACUGAAAAACCA